CGGACAUCUCUCUCAAUCAUGUCCAUUUCAAAAAAGCACCCUUUCCAUCACCAAGUCAUGGAGGCGCUGCCAGCCGCCUCGAACUUUGCCGUCACGUCGUCGGCCAGCGGCAAGCGUGUGCUUCUCGUCUCACUCGCCGACAGUACCGAGAACGUUGUCGAAGCACCGCCCAAGCGCAUCAAGCUGCAACCCAUGCCGCCGCUCAAAGUCAAUAUCGGCGACGCGGACGAUGAAAGCCCGCGGGAUGUGGGCGCCGACGAGAUUCUCUUUCCAAUCUGGCAUCUCACGGACCUUGUGACGGACAACGACCUCAUGGACGAGGACGACGCAUGGCUGCUCGAGUACUUUCUCUCGUAAGCAAACCGCAUCGGUGUGUGCGCGACCUAUUUAAUUGCAAAAAUAUCAUAUUGUCUGCAUUUCCAUC